ACUAAAUAAAAAUCGUGCGAUAUUAUUGUUCCGUUAAAUUCAGAGCGAGCGAGCGAGCCCGAGAAACCAACAACAAAAAAAAAAAAACUAAGAAAACCCUAAUUUUUUUUAUUUGAAUCUGAGAAACCCUAAUUUUGAUUUUGCAAGUAUUUUUCGAGUUUGGAGAUGAUGGUUAUGCAAAAUAUGGUGGUGGAGGCGGAGAUCAUAUGCCCCCAGACCAGCAGCAUCCCGGUGCUCGACAAGUACCAUCUGCGUGUUCCUGAGCAAGAACUCGCUGAAUUGUCCUCCUCUCCGCCACCGGCUUCUGAUGUCGCUACCUUGGAAUCGGUUGCUAGUUGCUCGGACGCUAUUCAAGGCGAUGUUGUUGAGACUUCUAUAGUCAAGUUUGUUCCAAAUAUUCGUUCAGGUAGUCAUGCUGACAUUGGACCAAGAGAUUCCAUGGAUGAUGAACACAUCCGAAUUGAUGAUCUAUCUGGCCACCUGGGAUCUUUUCGUUGUCCAAUGCCAAGUGCUUUUUAUGCAGUGUUUGACGGACAUGGAGGUCCUGAAGCAGCUGCAUACAUCAAGAGGAAUGCUAUGAGAUUAUUUUUCGAAGAUUCUGAGUUGCCACAGACGACAGACAUCGAUGAUGUUUUCUUAAGCGAUUUGGAAAAUUCUCAUAGGAAAGCAUUUUUGCUUGCAGACCUUGCGUUGGCUGAAGAGAGUAGUGUUAACAAUUCGUGUGGAACCACAGCAUUGACUGCCUUGCUACUUGGAUGCCACUUGCUAGUUGCAAAUGCAGGUGACUGUCGAGCAGUACUUUGUAAGAAUGGAAAGGCAGUUGAGAUGUCUCAAGAUCAUAAGCCUUCCUACUUGCCCGAACGCAAACGAAUUGAAGAGUUGGGUGGUUAUAUUGAUGAUGGUUAUCUUAAUGGUUACCUAUCAGUUACAAGAGCUUUAGGGGACUGGGACAUGAAAUCCCCACUUGGCUCAUCAUCUCCACUCAUUGCGGAGCCUGAUGUUCAACAGAUCAUGUUAACAGAAGAUGAUGAAUUUUUGAUCAUUGGCUGCGAUGGAAUUUGGGAUGUUAUGUCGAGCCAAUCCGCAGUUAGUCUUGUCCGACGCGGGCUGAGGAGACACGAUGAUCCAGAGCAGUGUGCUAGGGAUCUCGUCAGAGAAGCAUUACUACUAAACACAUCAGAUAAUCUCACCGCCAUAGUCAUCUGCUUUUCUUCUCCCUCUCGAGUAUAUGAGCCAGCUCCUCGACGACCAAGGUUUAGACCCUGCAAUCUUUCUGACGAUGCCAGAAGAAGGUUGAAAAGCCUGCUAGAAGGCAAUUAAAUGUCAAGCUAAAAAAUUAGGAGCCAAUUGAAUGUGUGUGAAUACAUAUUUUUGUUAUUACAGAUAUUCUUUCUACGAGGAAUUAUAUCUGUCUGUUUGUGGCCGUUUCAGAUGAUGCAAGAAAAAACGGUCAUCAGUUUUGAGUAGAGAGUAGAAUAAAAAUCUAGGCUUCUCCAAUCUAAAGUGUUGGGUAUAAUUUAGACUGUUGAGUAUGUUAACCUGUUGGAAACUGAUUCUUUUCAUUAGCAGAUUGGAUUUUCAUGGGCAUGGCCAUGGCCUUGACCUUGUGGUCCCACCAUUUCUGUUACAUUAUAAAUUUUUCUUGUAAGAUUUCUACUUCUGAGAGUUUGGUUUCGUUGCGGGUGUAUAUUACCAUAUUGGUAUCAAUAUUAUUGAAUUUCCAUUGUUCUUCAA